GGUAAAAGUUAAGGACUAGUUUGCACUUUACCAAAAAAGGCCAAAACGCUUUAUAUAUUUGUCCCGUGGCCUUUUUCUUGCUUCCCAACAAAGCGCGUUCCUUUCUUCCAAGAAUCACUGCUAUUGCUAAGCCCUAUUUGGACGCAGCAGUUAUCGUUCCAACUUUACAAAUAUGACAGAAAUGGAGGUUUAUGAUGAGAGUGAAGCCAUUCUUCGUGAAAAGAGCCUUAUACAUGUUAUCUUUUCUUGGUCUUUUAAGGAUGUCCUUAACAAAGACCUUUAUAAAGACAAGGUGAAGAACAUCCCUUUGACAUUUCAGUCCAUCACUUUGUAUAUGAAGUCAUUCGUCUUCCCUCUUAUAGAGGAAACACAUGCUGAUUUGUCUUCUAGCUUUGAUAAAGUGGCAAGUGCAUCGAUAUGCAAAAUAUUUUCUAUUGAGGAAGCGGAGAGCAGUAAGCCAUCUGAUAAAUGCUUAUACAUUAUUGAGGUGGAAAAGAAAGAGAUCAGUAGUGAUGGCAGAGCAUAUGAACCUGAGACGGGGGAUCUACUUGCCAUUACAGAUGUAAGACCAACGUGUGUCGAUGAUCUAAACAGACCCACAAUGUCCUAUUUACUUGCUCUGGUUCAACGAGUGACAGAUGAGAAAGAUUAUAUCAAGAUCAAGGUCUUUUCAUCGAGGCCCUUCUUGGUUGAACAGGGCACUUGGAAAAGUCAUAUAAAAGACUCUUUGUUCUUGGUUUCUCUUAUAAAUACGACAACAAAUACACGCAUUUGGAGUUCAUUGAGCUUCGGACUGGAAAGGCAAAACUCUGAAGUCAUUCGGAAAGUACUGGAACCUGGAUUUUCUGUGACGGGUAAGGAUAAAUGUAAUCUCUGUUUGCAAGGGGAAGUGUAUAGAUUAUGCAGAUCAAAGAUCCUUGCAACAAAUCGGUCAAUCAAUCUUAAUGAUUCCCAACAAGAAGCAGUGUUGAACUGUCUCGCGACACAAUAUUGCCAUCACGAGAACACGACUAAACUAAUCUGGGGUCCUCCUGGAACAGGGAAAACGAAGACAGUUAGUGCAUUGUUGUUUCUACUUCUGAGCCUCAAUUGCAGAACAGUAACUUGUGCUCCAACUAAUGUUGCAGUCCUAGAAGUUUCUAGACGAGUUUUGAGGCUUGUGCUGGAGUCAUCUGAAUUUUUGACUUACGGUCUAGGGGAUAUAAUUUUGUUUGGAAACAGAAAACGAAUGAAUUUCGAUAACCAAGAUGCGCUACUUCAUAUUUUUCUUGAUCAUCGUGCUAAAGUUCUAGCAAGGUGCUUUACUCCUGCCUCUGGCUGGAAUUACUCAUUGCAGUAUUUGAUAACACUACUUGAAGACACUGAAAUGUUGUACCAGUUUUAUUCCAUAAAUGGUCAAGAGGAAGAUGCUGAUGCCGAACUUUUUCAGGAAUAUUAUAAUAAUGCUAAUUAUAAUAAACAAAGCCUGAAUAAGGAGGACAAAACCCCGAGGUUAUGUGCUCAAGACUUCAAGGACGAGUGGAACAAGAGACUUUGGCAAGUAAUUUCUAAAACAAUAAAAUUGAAUGAUGAAAGUCAACUUGACAGAGGGUUUUCUCGGAAAAAGAAACAUUCAAGAUCUGUUCCUAGAAAGUGUCAUAAUGAUUUUCAUCAAACUAAAGAAAGGUUAAAUUUUGAGGACUUUGUGACUAGCAGAUUAAAUUGCAAACUGGAGGCUUUUACUUUCUAUGUUGUUAACUUUGUCAUGCACUUGCCAACUUCACUCCUGUCCGUAGUGGUGGCAAAAGACAUGAUCAAAGCUGUAAACUUACUUAACUCACUUAGUAGCUUAUUGCAAAGUAUUACCUUUAAGGGUAGAAACUUGAAAGAAGUCUUUGUUAGAAACAAAGAAGUGGAGAGACAAGUGACUGGCGACUCUUCUGAUGCAGAAUUGGCCAAACAAGAGUGCCUUAAGAUACUCAAAUCCCUUCCUAACAGAUUUUUUGAACCUGAAGAUGAGUUCUCAAUAAAAAAUCAAAUUUUGAAAAAUGCAUGCCUGAUUUUCUGUACUGCUUCAAGCUCCUUCAAAUUGCAUGAUACAGAUGCUGAAUUGCUGGUUAUUGAUGAAGCUGCUCAGCUUAAAGAAUGCGAGUCAACUAUCCCUCUACAGAUUCCUGGUCUCCGUCAUGCUAUACUCAUAGGGGACGAGUGGCAACUGCCUGCCAUGGUUAAAAGCAAGGUUUGCGAGGAGGCCAAGUUUGGGCGGAGCUUGUUUGAGAGGUUGGCACUUCUGCGAUUCAAGAAACACCUUCUUAAUGUCCAGUAUAGGAUGCACCCGUCAAUAAGUUCAUUUCCCAAUAGAGAAUUCUACCAGAAUCAGAUUGUAGAUGCUCCAAAUGUCAGAAGUGCAGGAUAUCAGAAGCAAUACCUUGAAGGUGAAAAUUAUGGUGCUUAUUCUUUUAUCAAUGUAGCAUGUGGAAACGAAGAAGUCGUUGAUGGGCAUAGCAUCCGGAACAUGGUAGAGGUAGUGGUAGUUUGUGAGGUAGUUGCCAACCUCUUCAAAGGAUUCAUUGCCUCGGGAGAAAGGAUUAGUAUUGGUAUUAUAUCACCAUACAAUGCUCAAAUUGCUGCAAUCAAAGAGAACCUUGGAACUAAAUAUAGUACUGAUGAUGAGAGUGACUUCUCGGUGGAUGUCCGAUCAGUUGAUGGUUUUCAAGGAGGUGAGAAGGAUUUAAUAAUAAUCUCAGCGGUACGCUCCAAUGCGAACAGAUCAAUUGGCUUCCUUUCUAAUAGUCAAAGGGUUAAUGUAGCACUAACUAGAGCAAGGCACUGCCUCUGGAUAUUUGGCAAUGAAGCAACAUUAAAAAGCAGCGGUUCUGUUUGGAAGAAACUUGUACAUGAUGCUCGGGUUAGGGGCUGCUUCCAUGAUGCUCAGAAUGACAAGGACUUGGUGAAAGCUAUGGCAGCUGCCUUGAUAGAUAUUGACCUUCUUGACAUUAAAAUACGCCUUUAUUCAGUACUUUUUCAAGGAACAAGGUGGAAGGUAAGUGUUGAUGAUAACUUUUGGAAAGCAAUGGAGAAAAUUAAAAGCAUAGAAGUCCGUAAGAAAGCAAUUUCCAUAUUGAUGAAGCUUUCUAGUGAUUGGCAAUGGCCUCGCACUGAACAUAUCACUGUCUUAAACGGGAUGUCUACUCAACUCUUGGAGCUCUGUCCUAUUGAUGGGCUCCUUCAUAUUGUUCUGACUCUUGAGACUGUUAUGGAGACCUCAAGUUAUGUUGAUGUCAUGCGGGUUUGGGAUAUUCGGCCACUGACAGAUAUACCAAACCUCGAUCCUUUGCUUAUCUUGUGCAAGCAGUUUGAUGCUCUUCAUUUGAAAGAUGAGUUAUAGCCGUCCAUUGGGAGUUCAUCAUCAGGUAGGUUUAUCUUGAAAAGUGCGCGUGUUUGCAUAUGUUAGAGCAUGUGUCUAACGUUACCCCAAAUACCUUCUGAGCCCAAAUCUAUGUCAGUGUACAUACAGUUUUUUAGGGUGAAACAUAGUAAAUCUUUUGAUUCUGGAACAAACUAAACUGCUGCGUGAUAACGUAAGAAAAACUUAAGAAUGUAGGUGUUAAGGAAGUUCAUCUAAACUUCACAAACUUGAUCCUGGUGUUUGACUACCAAAGGCAGCGCAUGCGCCAGCUCCAAACAUAUUGAAUCCAAAUUGAUCUUUUAAUUGCCUAAACGCUGAAGUAGUCGUUUGGUGACCUUUCUAUGCAGUUAAUAAUCUUGAGGUUAGAGCAUCUGAUGGCUUGAAGUUACUGAAGUGUGCAUACAUGAUAUAUACAAGAUUAGUAGGGCAUUUUUUGUAGAGAUGUGGAAAUGAUACAACUUUUUGAGACUGUUUUUUUAAUGUGCAUAUAUAGGAUUGGUUCCACUCAGUAUAGAAUGGGAAAAAGUUCUCUUUAAUGUGCAUAGAUAGGAUUAGUUUCAUGCAGUUAUAGAAUGUGGAAGAAGUUGAUACGGGAAAUCUUUUUGAGGGGCUAGAAUAUUAUGUUGUGUACUUUCAGUUUGCAGCUAUCCCAUCAAUGGAGCUAACCACUUCCCUUGGUUUGCAUUUAUGUCAGAUCUCACCAUUUGAACUCAUUUUGUUUUUUUAGCCUAAAUAGUUCGAGCUUGUAGUUUUACUUGUCAAAUCUUAUACAUAUUCUUGAAGCAAACUUAUCUGAAAGAAACAAAGCACAAUGAGAUUCAACCCAAACAUUUUGGAGUAAAGUAGAACAUUAUAGAUUUCGCUGGAGAUAUUUAUACAGCUGAUGUAGGACUUUGUACAUUUUUAAUAAAAUAUUACCAGUGCUCCUAAUUAUAGGGUUUGUGCGUGAA